ACCUGGGGUCAGUUCUGCCAUGUGGACCUGAACUUCCAGUUUUUAAAAAAGAAGCCAAGAAUCUGGAUUUUUAUACGAAAUCUCUUGAUGUUUAAAUAUUGACUCAAAUUGUUUGAAAACAUUAUGCCAGCCAAACAAAACAUCUGUGAGCUAGAUGCAACCUUUGGAAAAAUCAGUUGCUAAUCAUUGAAUCCUGAGGUAACUUGCAGCCUGUUUCUCCUUGGCGUUGGCUGUUUUCUGUUGUUGUUCCUGUUUUGAUCGUCUCUAAUGGCUUUAAAAAGAAAAGUCUAGAUCACAGUGGGGCUUUAGGAGGGCUAGUGGUUGGCUUUAUCCUGACCAUUGCAAAUUUCAGCUUUUUUACCUCUUUGCUGAUGUUUUUCCUUUCUUCUUCAAAACUCACUAAAUGGAAGGGAGAAACAAAGAAACGUCUAGAUUCAGAAUAUAAGGAAGGCGGGCAGAGGAAUUGGGUUCAGGUGUUCUGUAACGGAGCUGUGCCUACAGAGCUGGCCCUGCUGUACAUGAUAGAAAAUGGCCCCGGGGAAAUCCCGAUCGAUUUUUCCAAGCGGUACACUGCUUCAUGGAUGUGUUUGUCUCUCUUGGCUGCACUGGCCUGCUCUGCUGGAGACACAUGGGCUUCAGAAGUUGGCACCGUUUUGAGUAAAAGCCCACCAAGGCUGAUAACAACCUGGGAGAAGGUUCCGGUUGGGACCAACGGAGGGGUUACAGUGGUGGGCCUUGCCUCCAGUCUCCUUGGUGGUACCUUUGUGGGCAUCGCAUACUUCCUCACACAGCUGGUUUUUGUUAAUGAUUUAGACAUUUCUGCUCCCCAGUGGCCAAUUAUUUUAUUUGGGGGUCUGGCUGGAUUACUAGGAUCAAUUGUGGACUCAUAUUUAGGAGCUACAAUGCAGUUUUCUGGUUUGGAUGAAAUUACUGGCAUGGUGGUCAACAGCCCAGCGAGUGAGGUGAAGUACAUAGCAGGGAGACCCAUUCUCGAUAACAAUGCUGUGAAUCUGUUUUCUUCUGUUCUUACUGCCCUCCUGCUCCCAACAGCUGCUUGGGGGUUUUGGCCCAGGGAGUGAACUUUAUUUCAUUUACAAAGGUUGAAACUGUGGUAAGUUCAGCUAAAUUUGCAAUUCCAGGUUUCAUCCUAAGAAGAAUAAUAAUGACAGUGGAAAUGCUGGCUCCUUCCAUGGUCCAUUGUGAUGGAAUUCCACAUUUUUCCUAUCAACUCCUUGUAAUAGCUAUCAUCUUCCUCGUGAAAGACAAGAGUACAUAGAACUUAUCCAUAUUUUUCUUCGCUCAGUGGAGCUUCCUGAGCAGUGAAGCUAAAAUGUCCAUGUAUAUUGCUAAAAGUUGAACUGAAAGAUCCUACUUGGUAGAUAAAAAUUUUGUUUUGUUUGUUUAAACCAGUAUAGGAAC